UAAACUUAUUAAAUAGGUCUAAUGAACCACCAGCCAAAUAAAUAGAAGUGGUAGCAAUUGCGGCAAAAUUAUUCCGAAAAUGAAGCACCUCGAGUUGUUAAUUGUAGCGUCCUUAUCAGUCGUUCUGUUUUGUACGAGAUUAAGUGAUUGUUUUGUGGUCCCGGGAGUGGCGCCAAUGGACUAUUUAAAGGAUGACCCGGUAGAGAUCAAAGCAGUUAAACUGACCAGCGACAAAGCACAGCUACCCUACGAGUAUUACUCACUGCCCUUCUGCAAGCCCAGUGGAAAUAAUCUCGCAUACAAAUCCGAAAAUCUAGGUGAGAUCUUGCGAGGGGACAGGAUAGUGAACACUCCCUAUGACAUCAAGUUCAUGUCCAAUCUGCCUUGCAAAGUACUGUGUGGGGCUGACAAGGAGCUGUCCAGUAAAGAGGUAGCCAAGCUAGUUGAUAAAAUCCAGGACGAGUACUCGGCCCAUCUGAUGGCAGACGGGCUGCCAGUGGCCACGCCCUACAAGAAUAUACACACCAGACUGACAGAGUACGAGAUCGGGUACAAAGUGGGCUCGGCGGUGGAGACUCCAGACAAGAAACUGGCUGUUGCGCUGAACAACUACUUGCAGUUUGUGAUGAAAUACCAUUUUAUCGCAGAAGAGAACACCUACCGCAUUGUGGGCUUCGAAGUUUUCCCCAGAAGUGUUUCGCUGGAGGACAUGGAGAUAGGCAAGGAGGGCCAGUGCAGUGUGAAGAACCAGGAGCCCAAGCCACUCCUACUCACCAACUCAGACCAGAAGAUCGUGUUCGCCUACGAGGUGGAGUGGGAGGAGUCUGUUAUCAAAUGGGCCUCCAGAUGGGAUGUGUACUUGGCCAGGAAGGACGGACAGAUCCACUGGUUCAACAUUCUCAAUGCACUAAUCAUCGUACUCCUCAUGUCAGGAAUUGUCACUGUGAUUCUGAUCAGGACUCUACGAAGGGAUAUUGCCAAAUACAACUCAGAAGACGACCUCGAGAGUCAUCUGGAAGAGAGUGGUUGGAAGAUGGUGCAUGGGGACGUGUUCAGGCCUCCCAAACACCCCAGAUUGCUAUCCUCCCUCGUAGGCUCAGGCAUCCAGAUACUGGCCAUGUUCGGGUUCACCAUUGGCUUGGCUAUGCUCGGAUUCUUGUCACCUGCCAGUCGAGGAUCCAUCAUGUCUGGAGGAAUAUUCCUCUACUGCUUCAUGGGAGUGAUUGCUGGGUAUCACGCAGGCAGACUAUAUAGGACAAUGCGGGGGCAACAAUGGAAGUCGGGGGCUAUGUGGACUGGAACCCUGUUUCCAGGAAUCCUGUUUGGAACUACCUUCUUUCUGAACUUCUUCAUCUGGGGGAAGAAGUCAUCUGGAGCGGUACCCUUCUCAGUGAUGGUGUCUUUGUUGGCCAUCUGGCUCGGCAUCUCCCUACCCCUCGUGUUCCUGGGCUACUACUUCGGAUUCAGAAAACAGCCGUACUCCCACCCUGUGCAAGUGAAACACAUACCACGCGUGGUACCCGAACAGAGCUGGCACAACCACCCCUUCAUCGCAAUGGUUCUCUCCGGACUGCUCCCCUUUGGAGCUGUCUUCUUGGAACUUUCCUUCAUAUUCACGGCAAUUUGGAAGCACGAGUACUAUUCGCUAUUCGCGUUCCUGUUCCUUGUCUUCUUGAUCCUUAUCGUCACCACAUCCCAAGUGGCCAUCAUCGUCAUCUAUUUCCAGCUGUGCAACGAGGACUACAACUGGUGGUGGAGAUCCUUUCUGACAUCGUGUGGGCCAGCAUUCUACCUGUUCCUCUACUCAAUAAUCUACUUCUACUUCAGACUGGACAUCACUGAAUUCAUUCCGGCUCUGCUGUAUUUCGGGUACUCGAUGCUGAUGGUGGCUUCAUUUGCCCUUCUUACGGGAGCAAUUGGGUUCAUAUCUGCAUAUUUCUUCAUUAGAAAGAUAUAUGGCGCAGUGAAGAUCGACUAACGAACCAAGAGACACCAUCGACCUUUCCGCCCAUUCCCUAAACAGAUAUAUAACGUUCUUUAACUGAUGUGCACACCCAAUUCAAGAUCAAAGCAGUCUACAGGAAGAAAAGUAAAAACGAAAGGAGAAGGGUUUCAAAAACUAAAACUAGCCAUAAGUCAAACGGAUAUACUGAACGUGACAUUUUAAAGACUAAAAGGGGAUAUCUGAUUUUUUGGGGGAAAUUAGACUGUUUUUACUCUUAAACUAAAUCAUCAGCGAUUAUGGUUAAUGAAAUUCGAUGCAGAAGAGCAUUCCAUUUUUCUAUUCAAAUGUUUAAAAAUGAAAAUUGUUCGAAAUUUGAAAACAAACAGUAUGUGUAGUUGUAGUAUAUCUGCUUAAUUUUAGCGAUUCACUGUACAUGUUAACUUGCUCGGGGCUCUUAAGUCGAAUGCGACAUAAAACUGCUCUUCUUUAGAUAUCACAAGGUGCUUUUGAUCUAUUUAAAAGAGCUGACCAGAGAAAAGCUUGGCUCCACUAAAGGUUUAUAGAAUUUUGUCAUGCUGGCUUAGGAUUAAUCUUGACCGCCGCUGCAGUACAUCAUAAGACAAUAAACUGAAAAUAUUUUAUUGUUCUGGUCAUGGAUGCGAGAUAUGCGUUGUCAUUUUUUACCAGCAGCCUACACGAAGUUUAUUCCGAUGUAAAGAAGAGUAACAAAUGGUAACUAUCUUUUCCCCUAUAUACGAUUAUAUAAAAAUCAUACGCCAACCGGGGUUGUUUUGAAUCGAAUUGUAAAUUGUAUGUUAAACAUUUGUAAAAUAUAAAUUUAAGUAUCUCGUGUCAGCUUAUUAUCAUUUCAGAUCAAUUAAAAACUUGAAAAGAG